UCUGUGACUGUAUACGAAAAUCCGCUGAAUGAACCAACUCCCAUGAACUGAAGAUUAUUUCGACAUUUUGACCUAUUUUAAAUCCAGAACAGUGAAAUCUCCUGACCUCCACACACAGGAUAAAACAUGUCAAAAUUUGCAAACUUUCUACGCAAGCCUCGUAACUUUGCUGCUGUUGCGGUGGCCAGUGCAGGAGUUGCCUUCACCUUUAAAGCAGCUCCACACCUCUUCCCAAACCACAUCUACAGACCGCUCUUUGAGGCAUACAAAACAGGAAAGCCUUAUAAAGUGACACCCGAGCAACAGCAAGAGUUUCAGCAAGCAUGCGAUGACCUUAAUGUUGAUUCUUCUAAGUUCAGCACUUUUGUAACAAGCCGAUGGGAGGUGAAGUCGGUUGGACUACCAUGGUUUCCAGCUGGGUGCCAAACAGGAAUCCCAGCCUCGAUGGUUGCUGAGCCUGAACUGAACAACCUGAGAUUCUCUGGACCACUCAAAGCUAACCUUGAUUCCAGAGAGGGAAUGUGGCUGAAGGAUUCUCUGAAGCUGAGCCCUGCCGCUCGUAGGUUUGCGAUGGCUCGACAGAUAGCUCUAAAUGACAGCAACCUCGCCUUUUACCCCAUCGUCUUAGCACCUAUCACAACACUGACUGGUUUCGCUACAACCUUUGUGGUGCAUGCCGUUGCUCCCGUUGCGCCGAUUUUCGUUACUGGUCUGGGCAUAGGAACCUGUUUCUACUUUGCCUACAGUUUUGUUAUGGGGUCAGUCAACGAGAGGAUCGACCUAAAGGUCAACCAAAGACUAGCUGCCAUCAGUGAUGAGUACAAAAUGGGUGGACUGGAAUUUUAUGAAAAGCUCUUGCAGAAGAACAGGGCGCUGCGUUCACUACUUGGGAAAAGAGGGGAGCAGCUUUACACCUAUUAUGGCAACGAGACGCCGGGAUUGGUCUACUCAACGGGAGCAACAAACAUUCAGAAGAGGGAUGUAUUAAAGGAGAUGGUGGAAGCUGCAGAAAAGGAAAGAAGAGCGAAGGAAAUGGUUGAAAGUGCUUCGUGAUAGUCAUUUUAUGAAUAAAAGACGAUACUUUAGUUAUCAACAUGGCAUGGCAAUUAUUUUUUUUUUUAUCCCAUGGUUGACAAAUAUAACACAAUUCCAAGAUGUGAACAUUACAAGUAUCUAUUCUCAUGAUACUUUGUUAUCAGAUAUGACAAAAAAUGUUACUUAAGCUCCGGGUUGAAGCUAUCAAGGAAGUGUAUACUUCAGUCAGUGAAUCUGUAGCAUUUGAUGUAUAAGACACAAGCUUGUCAAAAACACACCCAUAAAAAACAGCAAUAGCGGACCUGAGCCCCAUCUUACAAAGAGUUAUGAUUGGUCUAAUCAACGGCAACUAUGGACAGCCAGCAAUGUCAAUAUCUAAAAUGCAAAUUUGUUCAAAAUAUUUUUUAGAUAUCAUGUAUAUUCAUACUUUCAUCAUUCUCAUGGAGAUUUAGUGUGAUUCUCUUUGUUCACGAAGGAGAUUAUGCAAAUUUCAUGUAGAAAAAAAUAUAGUAUGAAUGGAUUUUCAUACAGUUGAGAUUGUUUGAUCAAUUGUAAGUCUUUGUAAGACAGGGCCCUGAUAUAUUUGAUAACCAGUUGAUUGCUUGUGAUCUAUCUCAACAAUUUGAUUGGAAAAAGACAAAAAAGGGCAUUUCAUUGAAAAUGUCAUCAAAUUAGGUUGUUAAUGAGAUUAUACCAGUUUGGUUGUGCUUAUUUACACCAAAAACAAUUAUUUGCACAUCCAAUUCAGUAUGAGUGGAUGAUAAAUAUUUCAUUUGUAUUUAUUAUAGGGAAUAUUAACAAUUUAAAUUGUUAUGAAUUCGAUGACCGAAAGGAUCUCCAUUUAUUGUAAUAUUAAGGAAUCAAACAGUGUUCUACAUUAUUUGAUGAAAAAUUUGAAUAUUUGAUAUUUCAUGAUAUACUGAGAUAAAAAGACCAAAGAAAUCAUGAAAGUGUGACAACAGCAGUAUUCUCAUUUUAAAUUACUUGUGGUGUACCGUGCACAUUUAUGCAAAUGAGUGAAACUUUGAGGCCUUUUUUUCAAAUGGGUUUCAAUUAUAACAUGGCUUUAUGGUACAAAACCAUUCUUUAAACAGAUUUGUGUACAUAGUUCAGCUUAUUUCAUCGCAUACACUAAGAAAAGUCCAAUUAUAAAUGCACGCUUUCAGAAAAGGGUGCCUAAAUGAAAUAUACAGAAACUCUGGUUUUGUAUCAUGGUACAAUUGAAACCUCUUUUGAGAAUACAGGCCCAGAUAUCAUUGACUUAUUACCUGAUAUAAAAUUUUGAUUUUCUAUCCUUUUUUUCUAAAUGUAACUUUUAUUUGGGCAAACUUGACCUUUAGUAUAGUGGUUUGUAUUGUUCAGGGGCUGCGGAACAUUUUUCAAAGUGGGGGGGGGCUGACCAUGCUAAAAAUUACAAUCAUAUGGUCAUUUUAAAGUUUUUGUACACGGAUUUGGAAAAAAGGGGGGGGGGGAGGAGCUGAAGCCCCCAGCCCCCAGUUCGGUGGCCCGUUAAAUGACGGGCUUAUACAUCUGUAUUCAAGUUUGUCUCCCAUACUUACCGGGUAAUACAAAUUUCCAACUCAGGCUUUCAUGGACAAAAUUAAAUUGCCUGUAGGUGUAUGGCGAAACUUUGUUCUGUGAAAGCCAUCAUUUACAGGUGGUUAAUUUUUCAAUGGCACAGAAGUAUUAAAAAGUACCAUGUUUGUACACACAAUUAGGAAAACUGUAUUAAUGUGCAAACUAAACAGAGCAUUUCAUAUGCCUUUUGUUCCAUUUAAGCGAUGCAUUUAUGCAAAAUGUCCCAAAUUUUCCACUUGAACAGUAGUAUCAGAGUCACAGUAAAUGUGGGCCCAUUAUACUUGAUUAUAAGCGUAUGAAAUUAAAUUUGAAUAUUUUGAAUUCAAAUUUGGAUUUGGUCAGUUGACAUGGGAAAUAUUGAUAUUUCUAUUUUGUUCAAAGAUUGAUGUAAAUUACGUCUCCGAAAGUAAUGUCAUUUUUCUUGCAAUAUCAAGUGAUUGUGUUUUGUAUUGUCGAGCAAGUUUUGCAUAGUUUUAUAGAUGGAACAAAUCCCACA